AUGGAAUUCAUUGAAGCAGUUGAGGAAAAGUACGAAACUGUUAUGGGUCGAUUAGAGGAAGUUUACAAGCACGAUAGGCCGAGGCUGUCUGUGCUGGCAAUCGAGAUCAUUGAAGCUGUUUUGUGUUUGGGAGACUUAGCUACACUUGUGCUCGAACUAUACGGUGAUUGUGUGGUGAAAUCGGAAUUACGAAACAAUCGCUUGGUGAUCCUGAAGAAAAUUCAACGGCUGGCGGAAAAGAAUGCGAAUUUGAAAGCACUGUUCAAGCGGCUGUACAAUCUCGAAUCCGGUGCUAACAAAAAAGAAUAA